CUGACACUUGCAACAUUCAGUUUUUGGCAUGGUAGUUUCGUGAACUUUUAACGAGGGUCGAAAGACGCAAAAUUUACAGUAUUUUUCGGUCGUUUUUGUCUGAUAAUCCACAAAAACCCUAAUCAACAUGGCUCUCAGAACAACCAAAGUUCUUUACAACAAUAGCCUGAGGAAAUGGUGUUACAACCUUGCAGGAUUUAACAAAUAUGGUUUACUUCGUGACGAUUUGCUAUAUGAAAAUGCUGAUGUACAGGAAGCUCUCCGUCGUCUACCUGAACAUGUAGUUGAUGAACGUAACUUCCGUAUGGUUAGAGCUAUCCAACUGUCUCUCCAGAAAACCAUCUUACCCAAAGAAGAGUGGACUAAAUUCGAAGAGGAUAAACUGUACCUGACACCUAUCGUUGACCAAGUGAAGAAAGAAAGGCUUGAGCGUGAAAAGUGGGAAAAGGAAUAUUAAUGUUAAGAAUAAUGUGUUAAAUCAUUAUUUUGAUUCAUGUAGUAACAAUUAAGUGAUACUUAUUUAAAUCAAUAAAACAUUUUUCGUUUAUUUA